AUGACCAUGCUGGACAAGAUAGAUAUUCCCAGGCUUGCUGCUGCCGCGGUCGCUUUGUACGCUUUCUAUCGGGCGUUUCAGAGCUUUGUGCGCCUCAGCCAUGUCCCAGGACCAUUUAUCGCCAAAUUCACCAACCUUCAGCGAGUUUGGUGGGUGAAAUCCGGGCGCGCCCAUGAAUAUCAUCGCCAAAUGCACGAAAGAUAUGGGAAGCUUGUCCGAUUCGGCCCCAACAUGGUGUCCAUUUCCGAUCCUGGUGCCAUGUCUAUCGUCUACCCCAACCGGCCGGGGUUUCAAAAGAGGCCAUAUUCGCCCAAGAGCGGUGUUCUUCCCGCGGUGUUCAACACACAGGAUGAGACCCUCCACCGACAGCUCCGAAAGCCAAUUGCCUCGCUGUAUUCCAUGACCAGCAUCGUGGGCUCGGAGCCAUUGGUGGACCAGACAUUGGAGAUUCUUUUCCGACAGCUUGACCUGCGAUUCGGUGCGACGGGCCGGUCGCUGGAUCUUGCGGAAUGGUUGCAGUUCUUUGCCUUUGAUGUGAUGGGGAUGUUGUCGUUCAGCAAGCGACACGGAUUUCUAGAGCAAGGCAGGGAUGUCCGCGGGAUAUUGGGAGGCAUCUGGGCCUUCAUGAAGACUGUCGCUCCGGUUGGCCAAAUACCCUGGUUUGACCCAGUUUGGAACAAGAACCCCAUCAUUGCGCUUUUCAAACAGACUACAGGACUCGCUGUGCUCGGGGUGGUGGAUCGAUUUGUUGCUGAACGCCAAAUGUCUUCGUCACAACACGGGGCAGAGGGCAAACGGGAGAAACGGGACAUGCUUUCCAAAUUUCUGGAAAUCCAGGCCAAGGACCCCAAGAUCCCUGCAUGGGCCCCCAAGGCGUGGACAUUCUCCAAUAUGCUUGCCGGAUCAGAUACGACUGCGACCGCCCUGACUGCCGUCAUGUAUAAUCUCCUUAACUGCCGAACUUCCAUGGAUACUUUAGCCCGAGAGCUAUCCAACGCCCAACGGAAGGGGCGCCUUUCACGCCCAUACCCGUCCUGGCACGAGGUGCGAGAGCUUCCAUAUCUUGAUGCAUGCAUCAUGGAGGCCCUGAGGCUGCAUCCACCAUUCUGCUUACCCUUUGAGCGCGUUGUUCCCGAGGGCGGCGUGACCGUUUGCGGCACUUAUCUUGCAGCAGGUACAGUGGUUGGCAUGAGCCCAUACAUUGUUAACCGGGAUAGAGACACCUACGGCGACGACGCCGACGAAUGGAGGCCGGAAAGGUGGCUGAACCUCGGCGAGGGAGACCGCCGAAGACUUGAGAAUGGCAUUCUCACGUUCGGAUCUGGUCGACGUACAUGCCUCGGCCGUAAUCUCGCCAUCUUUGAGAUGAAGAAACUGCUCCCGGCUCUUCUCAUGCGAUAUGAGAUAACCGCUGUCGAGCCACUCCAGCUCAAGCUUGAAAAUUCGUGGUUAUUCAAGCAAUGGGAUCUGCACGUCCAUGUACGUUUGAAUGAAGCGCUGCAGCCCCCUCCACUGGACGUCCCUUCGUCAACAUCUACAGCCCUCGUGAGGGUGAUUGAUCCAGGCACAACCCUUGAUCUUAAGCCAGGGCUCUUCUGGCAACCCGCACUCAAUGGACUUGACAAACUGACUGUACCAAUGUACUGCUUUUUGAUCUCAAGCGGCGAGCGCCAUAUCCUAUUUGAUCUAGGUGUCCGGGCCGACUGGGAGAACCUGGCACCCGCGGCUGCCGCGCUCAUCAGAAACACCACCACAGUCUACAACUCCCGAAACAUAGCGGAUAUCCUCGACACCACGCCGAUCCCAGAAUCGAGCAUCCGGACCACGAACAUUGAAGCCAUUAUCUGGUCCCACGACCAUUUUGACCACAUCGGAGAUCCCUCCACCUUUCCACCAUCCACCAACUUAGUCGUGGGCCCGGGCGUGCGAGACGCCUGGCCAGGGUACCCAUCCAAUCCCACCAGCCGAGUCCUUGACUCAGACAUUGAAGGCCGUCUACUCCGCGAGAUAUCCUUUGGCCAAACGCCAUUAAAAGUCGGCCCCUUCGACGCAUUCGACUACUUUGGCGACGGAUCCUUCUACCUCCUAAACGCCCCCGGCCAUUCUAUCGGCCACAUGUGCGGACUGGCUAGGGUGACCACAUCUCCCGAUACAUUUGUAUUUAUGGGCGCAGACGCUUGUCAUCACCCGGGGGUUCUUCGACCGACGAAAUACCGGCCCUUACCACCAGGCCAGCGCUCGCCUCCCGGCUUAAGCCCCUGCGCAGCAUGCCCCCUGACCUGGGAUGAGUCGUUGUUUAAGGUCUCGCCCGUCCUGGCUAGUGAUCAUGCAAGGGCGUUGGAGACGGUGGAGAAAAUCAAAGAGCUAGAUGCAUCUGACGACGUGUUUGUAAUUCUUUCUCAUGAUUAUACUUUGAGGGGGAGGAUCCGUUUCUUCCCGGAUACGAUCAAUGAUUGGCAGGAGAUGGGGUAUGGGUCUUCCACUAGGUGGUUGUUCUGUAAGGAUUUGGCAGCCUUGUGA